CAGAUUGAUUAGGGUUGUGUCUUAGGACACUUCCACCACACUGUUUCUUUGGAAAACUCAAGAAGGAAGGAAGGAAGGAAGGAAGGAAGGAAGGAAGGAAGGAAGGAAGGAAGGAAGGAAAGGAAGGAAGGAAGGAAGGAAGGUUAUAGAACAGGAAGGAGGGAGGAAAAGAGAAGUAAAGGAAGGAAGGAAAUGAAAAGGGAAGGAAGGAAGGAAGGAAGGAAGGUUAUAGAACAGAAGGGAGGGAGAAAAAGAGAAGUGAAGGAAGGAAAUGAAAAGUAAAGGAAGGAAGGAAGGAAGGAAGGAAGGAAGGUUAUAGAACAGAAGGGAGGGAGGAAAUGAAAAGUGAAGGAAGGAAGGAAGGAAGGAAAGGAGAAAAAGAGAGGGAGAGGGAGGGAGGAAGGAAACGCAAGUUGAGAGAAUGGCAUUCUUUUUAUUUUAUCCCCUUGUCGGCACAUCUCUUUGUGGUGCCAGGCGCUAAAUAAACUACUACUAAUAAUAGAUUAAUUUGCCGUUUUGCUACGGGUAAUUCUCGACAUACCACCAACCACAAGCGAGGCGUUUUACAAUUCUUUCUUGACAUUGUUGUUAAGUGGAUCGCUGCCAUUGUUAAGUUAGUCACACCGUUGUUAAGUGAACCUGGCUUCCACACACCCCUUGACUUCGCUGGUGAGAAGGCCGCAAAUGACGAUCGCCUGACCUCAGGAUUCCGCAACCGUCAUAAAUACAGGCCAGCGGCCAAGUCCCUGAAUUUUAACCAUGUGGCCGUGGGGGAUGUGGUGAGUGGUGCGGUGGCCUAGAGGUGGAACUCUCGCCUCACAAUCAGGAUGCUGUGAGUUCAGUCCUAGGUAGCGGCAGAUAUUUCUCUCUCUGGGCACGAUGUGAAUAUUAUUUGCUGAACAAAACUCCGUAUUGGUGACAGGAAAGGCCUCCGGCCAGUAAAACGCUUUGUUAGCUCCAUUCAGUUGCCUAGACUCCACCCCGCAAAGGAUUAUGGGGUCGUUAAAAGACCCUGGAGAUGCAGCGAUGGUCAUAAGUGUGAGGACCAGUCUCUUUUCUCAGUGCUAUUGUGAUGUCAAAAGGCCGCUAAAGGAAGGGUUGUAAGUUGAGAACUGCAGAGGGCUGCCUUUGGGGUGUGGCCUAAAAAAACCAAGAUGGACGCCAUGAGAGGAUGGAGCUUCCAUUACCUUGCCAUGGCGGCCAUCUUUGUUGAUCAUACCCCAUAUCUCUGAAAAGCUACCCUCUUGGCAACGUUCCUUCAUGGCUUCUUGCAACAUACCCAGCAAAGCCAACAGUGUUGACCUUCUCUUUACACUGGUCAUUCUGUCUUUGUCCAGCUAAGAUUGCCAGCUGGCUGGAUCUCUGUGUGCCAAUCUCAGCCCUGGCAUUAGGACCAUUAAAUGCUCAGGGCAUUUCUCUCCUUCUUUCUCUCUCCCUUUCCUUUGUGUUCUUGGUUUGUUUGACACCUGGCAUCUUGGUGAUCCACAGAGAGAGCAGAGAAUACAGAAUAACAGGGUUGGGAGGGACCUUAGAGGUCUUCUAGUCCAACCCCCUGCUCAAGCAGGAAACCCUACGCCACUUCAGACAAAUGGUUGUCCAACAUCUUCCUAAAAACUUCCAGUGUUGGAGCACUCACAACUUCUGGAGGCAAACCUUUCCACUGAAUAAUUGUUCUCAGUGUUAAAGAGUUCUUAAUUUAUUAAUUCCUAAUUAAUAAGAAUUUCUCCUGAGUUCCAGGUUGCUUCUCUCCUUGAUGAGUUUCCAUCCAUUGCUUCUUGUCCUGCUUUCGGGUGCUUUGGAGAAUAGGUUGACCCCCGCCCCCCCGUCUUUGGGGCAGCCCCUCAAAUAUUGGAAGACGGCCGUCGUAUCACCCCUAAUCCUUCUCUAAGCCGUGAUAGAAGGAACUGAGCACCUGUCAAUCCCACCCCUCUUGCAAACAAUAAAAGAGACUUCUGACCCUGUUCUGUUAAGCAAACUUUGGGCUUUGCAGAGAAAGAGAGAGCAGGGGGAGGGAUGGAGGGAGAGAGAGGAAGGGAGGGAGAGAGGGGAAAAAAAAGAGGGAAUGGGGAGAGAGGGAGAGGGAAAGAGGAAGAGGGAGAGAGAGAGGAAUAGAGAGAGAGGGAGAGCGAGAGAGAGAGAGGGAGAGAGAGGGAGAGGGAAGGAGGGAGAGAGAGGGAGGGAGAGGGGCAGAGGGAGAGAGAGAGGGAAAGAGGGAGAGAGAGAGAGGAAAAGUGGGAGAGAGAGAGAUGGAAAAAGGGAGAGAGGGAGGGAGAGAAGGAGAGGGGCAGAAGCAGAGGGAGAGGGAAAGAGAGAGAGAGAGAAACAAAGAUAAAGAGAGAGAGAGAGAGAAAGAGAGACAGAAAGAGUGAGAGACAGAGAGACAGAGACAGAGAGGAAGAGAAAGACAUGAGAGAGAGAGAGAAAGAGAGAGAGAGAGACAGAGAGAAAGAUAAAUAGAGAGAGAAUGAGAGAGAGAGAGAAAGAGAGAGAGAAAGAGAAA